UCUGCUUGUUGUCGUGGCCAGAAACGAGAAAAUGUCCGUCUCGCCGCGCCAUCAGUGAAUCAAUUUGCUAGCCGGGUUUGCUUGUUAAAUUAAAUGCGACUCUAAUUUCAUCUUGUUCAAUCAAAAAAUGACAAAUCUUCAGCGGUAUGAUUCACAGCAUUCUUUUAGAAAUGUUCAUUGUUGGGAAGAGUAACAAAUUACAAGUGCACAUCUUAUUUCAACUGUAGUAUUAUUUAUUACUCGAAUCAUAAAAAUGGAAUUAAGUCCGAUGUCGAUGAGCAAUAAUUAUGAAGGUGUGUCUGGAAAUUCUAGGACACCCUGGUAUCGGAACAAGCGAAUUUUGAUGAUGGCCUUUGCUGCAGUUAUAUUCAUAAUUUCAAUUGGUGCUCUUCUAGCAAACGUAAUUCCACGUUUUAAAGGUAAGGGUAAAGGCGAUCCAGAAGUUAAUUUUAUGCGGCGAAAAUCAUCAAAAUCAAAAGUUUUUACAGCCCUGCCUUCAAUUACUUGGAAUGGUACGUGCCCAGAAAGAGCUGCAAAAUGUCCAUCUAGUUUUCAAGAAUCUCCACCGCUCAUUUUGGUUUCCUUAGAUGGGUUUCGUCCUGAUUACUUGUACAGGAGCUUCACUUCAACCAUACAAAAUAUUUCUGAAUGUGGCGCUAAGGCAAAAUUCAUGUAUCCUGUGUAUCCAUCCAAAACAUUUCCAAAUCAUUACAGUCAAGUAACGGGUUUAAAUCCCGCAUCUCAUGGCAUCAUCGACAAUCAAAUGUAUGAUCCGAAAAAAGGUCAACGAUUUAAAGUUGGAGAAUCAAGUAUGUUGGCACCAUAUUGGUGGGAAAAGGAACCAAUUUGGCUCACUGCAAUGAAACAAGGAAAAAAGGCUGCAUGUUUUUUCUGGCCAGGAUCUGAAGUGAAGAUAAAUGGCAUGUAUCCUACUCAUUACAGAAAGUAUGAUGGAUCAAUACCAUUUGAAGAGAGGGUUGAUCAAGUGUUGAAGUGGCUAGAUUUACCUGUUGAUUCAAGACCAAACUUUCUCACAUUAUAUGUCAAUGAACCAGACCAUGCAGCUCAUGCUUUUGGCACAAAUUCAAAUCAAGUGAAUCAAGCUUUGAAAAAGGUGGAUGACAUGGUUGCUAGACUUUUUUCUGGACUGCAACAGCGAAAGAUUGUGGGCUGUGUAAAUGUCGUUAUAUUAUCUGAUCACGGAAUGGCAGAUAGUGAUUGUAGCCAGGUAGUGGACCUCCGAAACCUCCUUGAUAUUUCAACAGUUUACUAUAUAAAUGGCCCAUUUGGUAGACUGCGCCCUAAAGGUUAUUUCGAUAAAACUAAGAUAAGAGAUACUAUUGCUUCAUCUCGAUGUAAGAAUGAACAUAUGAGAGUAUAUCCCAAAGAGCAGCUUCCAAUCAGGAUGCACUUUUCAGAUAACAAACGAAUUGAGCCAAUAGUGUUAGACCUAGAUACUGGAUGGAACAUUGUCAACAAGGAUGUGAAAUCAGAUCCUAGAAUUUGUACUGGUGGGACACAUGGAUACGAUAACCUGUUUCCAGACAUGAGGGCAAUAUUUAUGGCCCAUGGACCAGCCUUUAAGCAGAACUAUGUUGGGGAACCUUUUGUGAACACUGAGCUGUAUGAAAUGUUUUGCGAGUUAUUAGGCAUUUCUCCAAAUCCUAAUAAUGGCACCAGAGGAAGCUUGCAUCACAUGAUGACGUCACCUCGUUCGCUUCCAAAUCAAGCAGAGCCACCAUCUCCAGCUGUUCCAAAGCUUCCCAAAGAUGAUGCAGAAUACGAAACGAGAGUAAGCACUGCUGGCUGUUUAGGAAAUCAACCUACCAAGAUGUCUGAAGUAGAUAGUAGUGCUGUUACUGAAAGACGAAGUUUGCAUCUGCCAUUUGGAGUGCCAUUUGAUGCCCAAAAUAAUGACUCCCUUCGUUUGUUGUUUAAUAAUGAUUAUGUAUCUGCAUUUGAUGCUAAAUAUCGUAUGCCAAUGUGGACCUCCUUCACUAUUACCGGACAGAAAGAAGUUACCAAUGCAGAUACUAUCAUUUGGAAAGGUGAUCCAAGAAUUCUUCCGCAAGAAACAUCACGAUGUGAAGACUAUGCUUCAUCUCAAUUCAAGGAGCAAAGUAUUCUACAGAGACCACUCUAUCCUCCUAGCUUUUCUUCAGGAGCAGCCCAGGAAGAAGCUAAUUUUAUAACCAAUUCUGUUCCAAAGUCUUUAAAUCAUACAAAUCUUUUGGAAAAAACAAUGAAUCAGAUUCUCAGUCACACUUCAGAAGAAGAAAGUCAGUUGAACAUAGUCAUGGGACCAGCUUUUGAUUUUUCUGCCACCGCUGUAAAACCUGAUGUUAAAAUAAUGAAGAAAGCUCAAGAAAAAAGCGGUCCAUUGCUUGUGCCUACUCACAUUUAUAUAAUAACAACAUGGUGUGAAGACAAGAGUCUCACUCUAAAAACUUGCCAGUCAACAAAAUUAAAAACAUUAGCUUACUUAUUACCAAAUUUUCCUUAUGCGCAGAAUUGUGAGCCCGGUUAUAGAACUAUCGCAAGAAAUGCUGCUAGAGUUGUUGACAUUGAAAACUUAACUGGAAUCUCAUUUUUUACUGGACUUCCUAUUUAUGAUGCUAUACGCUUAAGAACAGCGAUGCCAGAAGUUCAACUUUUGUGAUGUUUUUAACUGCACUUUUAAUCUCUUUUUGUUACAUUUUUAAAUAUUUGAAUUUUAAUAAAUAUUUAAUAUUUAGAUAUAUAUUAAUAUGAUGUUGCAAUGAAAGUCUAUCAAUGUAUGUAUUGCAAAAUAAAUAUGUUUCAAUUUUGUA